CAACCCUGCACAAUGGUGUCAUGGGUGCUGUGCGCUGGUCUAGUCCUUCUUCACAUCUCCUGCUCUGUGGAAGCCAAACUGCACUAUGCUGUCAUCUUCCCCUCUGAAAUUCACUCUCAUGAAACUCUAUGUAUACACCUGGAGGGGGCUCAGGGGGAGAGCAGAGUACAGAUCUCUUUACGGCUGGAUGAAAAGAACACAACCCUUGUGGAGAAGAUAUUUGACCAGGAGUCCAUAUUCACCUGUGUUCCAAUCCAGGUUUUCACGCCUGUAGAGUCGGAUGUAGUGGGCACGUUGGAUGUCUCCAUAGAAAAUGCAGGGGAAACAGUAAUGAACAGCAGUAAAGUUCUGGUGAUGAAGAUGAAAUCCGGUCUUUUGGUUCAGACAGACAAAGCUGUGUACAAACCAGGACAAACUGUCAUGAACAUGUGA